AAAACUGAAUCAUGUUUUCUUUUGACUUAGAAGCCGAACUUGAUUUCCAAACCAAUGCUUGACAGCAUCCUUUGUCUUCGUGAUGAGAGAUGGAAGUAUGUCCGGAGCCUUCUGACCCCAGCCUUCAGUGAUGCCAAACUGAAAGAGAUGAUACCACUAAUAAACCAGGCCUGUGAUGUCUUGCUGAGUAACUUGAAAGCCUAUGCAGAUUCUGGCAGAGCUUUUGAUAUCCAAAGGUGUUACAACUGCUUUACUUUGGAUGUUGUUGGUAGUGUAGCUUUUGGUACUGAAGUGGACUCUCAGAAGAACCCUGAUGACCCCUUUGUUAAGAAUUGCAGAACGUUCUUUGAAAUGUCUUUGUUUAAGCCUCUUCUUUUUCUAAUCCGUAAGUAUAGUCCACCUUUGUCUAAUCCUUUAUGGUUAUUUUCUGAAAAUCAUUCAUGCCAAAGAAGCUCAAGCAGGAGCAGGAAGAUGUAUUGCAGACUUAUUUCAGAUGUGUUCAGAAUUCAACCUACAGCCCAAGUAUAUCCUUUAGAUUAUCAUAGUAUGAUCUACAACUCCUGUCAUGGUUAAUGUAACUUCCUCCAG